AUACGAUCUCCCCGCUCCCUCUCUCACAGACAGACACAUCAACCGAGCAGACCCAAAAGAGCAAACGUGUGCAGUUCUCUCUCACUAUGGGUGCGCGGGGACAUUCGUGAAUAAUUACCGGAGUUUGACACCUUUGUAGACGAGGAAUCGAAAUCGUUUUGCGAUCGUUCGUGGGAUUUUCGCGCGGAGUCCCACUCCUAAAUACAUUUCUGAAGGGAAUCCGCUGUUCUCGGUGAAGGACGGAGAGUGCCGGUGUUUUCCAGCACAGUUACGCAUCGCAAGGACUGAGGAUCGUUUUGAGAAGGCGACAAAAAAAAUGUUACUGUCCAAGUUUGGAUCUUUUUCUCAUAUUUGCAACACGACCAACAUCGACCACUUGCCGGUGAAAAUUCAACUCCAAGCAGCCAAGGCCGAAAGGGAGCCAUUUGACAAGGUGUAUCAUGUGGGCUCGGUGCUGGGAAGCGGCGGCUUCGGGACAGUGUACGCCGGGUCUCGGAUCUCAGACGCGUUGCCGGUUGCGAUAAAACACGUCGCUAAGGAGAGAGUCACCGAAUGGGGUACGAUUAACGGCUCGCUGGUUCCCCUCGAGAUCGUUUUGUUGAAGAAGGUGGGGAGUACGUUUCAGGGGGUCAUUAAACUCCUCGACUGGUAUGAGAGAGCCGACGGCUGGCUGAUUGUAAUGGAGCGGCCGGAGAUGGUGAAGGAUUUAUUCGACUUCAUCACGGAGAAAGGCGCGCUGGACGAGGACACCGCCAGGCGCUUCUUCAGACAGGUGCUGGAGGCGGUGAGGCACUGCUACAGCUGCGGGGUGGUUCACCGGGAUAUCAAAGACGAGAACCUCCUGGUGGAUCUACGCUCGGGAGACCUGAAGCUCAUUGACUUCGGCUCCGGGGCUAUCCUCAAGGACACCGUCUACACAGACUUUGAUGGCACGAGAGUGUACAGUCCUCCCGAGUGGAUACGUUACCACAGGUACCAUGGACGCUCGGCAACCGUUUGGUCCCUUGGUGUCCUACUGUACGACAUGGUGUGCGGCGACAUCCCGUUUGAGCAUGAUGAGGAGAUUCUGAGAGGACGGCUCUUUUUCAGGAGAAGAGUCUCUCCAGUGUGUCAGCAGCUCAUCAAAUGGUGCCUCUGCUUGAGACCUUCUGACCGGCCCACUUUGGAGCAGAUCUUCGAGCAUCAGUGGAUGCGCAUGGAGGAAAGCCCGAAAGCAGAAAGCAGCGACAUCACACUUCACGCCAUCAGCAUAGAAUCGGGCAAAGAAGGCCUUUGACGGAUGCGGGGACGGCGAGUGAAUGGACUCUGAGACCUUUUUGCUCUUGUUCCCAGUCUGUUGGUUAUCAGGACUUCGGUUUAUGUUGCAUAAAUGUAUUUUUUUGGUUUUUCAUGCUAAGGGUGAGUUGUUAACCCGUAGGGUUUGCGUGAGCAGCAAUGCUAGUGAUCCUUUAAUCUUACUGGUUGCUCUUAUAGAGCUUGGACAUUAUUUUCCUUUUAGACUAUCUUUUUAGUUUUCUGUGCCUUUUUUGGAAAGCUGCUUUUAUGGGAUUCAAGUCACGACAGACACCAGGUGGAUAUCUUGGAUUUUAGGGGAACUCCCCUGGAUUCAUGGGAAUCUUCAAAGACUGUAUCUAGUUAUGUGGUGGGUCUCCCUUGCCCUCUAGUGGUCGAAUACUUGAAGUACACACUUACUACUCUCUUAACAGUAUCUCUGCUGCUCUGCCAUUCAUAUUCACUAUUUCAAUGGUUUUCGCUUCUGUUGUUGUUUUCUGAAUGUCUUCCACUACUUCAUCUCUGUUGACAUCACUUUUUAGACUUUGCUUGGCAAAGACUUGAGUGAUGUGCAUAAUCAAUGCAAUAUCCAUGGACUCACUUAUCUUUCCUUAUUUCUUUUUUUGGGGGAGGGGGGGGGGUUCUUUUUUUUUUAAAUAGAAGUAUUUGCAUUGUAUUUAUGUACAUUUUCUUCCAUGUAUCUUAUUUAUUCAUGCAAUACAAACAUUCCACAUUCA